UAUUUUAGACUGACCGUGGAAAAUGUUUAUACACUCUAUAAAUGAAGAUCGAUCAGUGCAAAAGCGUUGGUGAAUCCCGAUGAGGACAUUCCUGGGGCAUUUCCAUUUUCCAUCCUCGCAUCCAUCGCCGGCGUUUUCCUGUCCUGGCUACGCCGCUUCUCCUGAUACUGUCUGUGUCUGGCGCAAAAGAUCCUCCGCUCUCUCCCCCAAAAGACUACGACGGUGUUCUCCUCUCCUACGUCGCCGCCUGCUUCCUGCAACCUCCCCGCAUGUCCUUCGCCAGCCUUCCCUUCGAGCUCCGCUCCUACAUCUGGAGCUUAGCCGUGACUCCUCGCCGCAUCACAAAGGUGCGCGCGAAGAAGGGCGGGGGCAGCUUCAGCAAGAAGCACAUUCUCUACGAGACCACGUCAACGCCGCCCCCGGCACUCAUGCAUGUGUGCCGGGAGUCUCGUCGGCAAGCGCCCUACCAGCGUGCAUUCACCGCGGGCACUGAGCCGCGCUGGACGUGGGUCAACUUCGAGGUCGACAUUUUCUGCGUCUCGAGCCUCUAUGCCAUUGAGGCCAUUCUCUCCCAACGAUCCGAGGUCCAGCGGCUUCAGAUUCGGACUGACGACCACUUUGAAUGGUAUGAGUCGGCUACCACUUAUAAUGGCCUGUCCAUUCUCUCCGAACUGGAGAGUCUUAGGGAAAUUCAGGUUGUACUGGAGCCUGGCGACUUGGCGUGGGGACACGUGUUCACGGACUGGGGCUUUGGCUGUCAUAGAGACAUCGUCACGUUCCUCGACGAGGGGUCCGGGCUCGUGCUCACUGGCCCUCAGCUGAAGAUGGUGGAAGACUGGUGGAUGGUGUUUUCGUUUGAUAGCGAGGGAAACCCGCCCGACCCGGAUAGACUCUCGGAUGAGAUUGAGCAUGCCCUCGACGAUUCUUGGCAUAUGACAUUGGCACAAAUGCACGAGGUGGAUUGAAAAAAGUAUAAAUUUGACAAAUGUCUAGGACUAUCAAGUAUAAGAACAAGAAGCACAUCAAGGGACCUUCUUAGGGGUCGCAGUGGGGGUUCAUCCUCUGAUCUGUCCACCGCACGCGUCGCUUAGGAACUUGACAUAGUUGUCCGUAACGCCCUUCAUCAUCUUGUAAGCAUAAGGGGUGAGAAUCUCGCCAUUGGGACAAGCAGUGCUCUUGGCUGCCUUGGAGUUCUCAGUGUAGAGGUAUUUCGCAGUCUCUCGUGGCGCCGUGCGCAAGGGACACGGGGUUUUCGCCGCUGUCUCUGCCGAAAGGCGUCUUGGAGUUGCAAUUCGGUUUGCUCUAGGGCCCCUCGAGCUGCAGACUCAUUUGUUUUACAUAGAAAAACGAAGAGAUAUUGAGCAAAUAUAUUGUAAAUGUAUAAAUCGAG